CGGGAUCGUUGGUGUGUGUUUGUGUGUGCGGGAGUUCUCCUUCCAAUGAUUACUAAGCUUUUCUGAGUGACUAAUAAAACACACUUUUUUGCUUCCUUGCCAUGUUUGGAUGGGAGUGUCCUGUGUUGGUUAUAAAGAGUGAGGUACCGAUAUCGUGAUGAGAAGCUGUUGGAUCACUGGACGCAUAGAAGAUGCUGAAGAUCACAGUGUGGCUGUGUGUCGGAGUGUUUCUAUGGGGCUCUGCAUCUUGCAACAUCAGAUGCCCUGAUGGAAGCUUAUGUCCUGAUUCAUCAACAUGCUGCCAGACUCCUCAGGGAUACGGCUGCUGUCCGUAUUUAAAGGCAGUGUGUUGUGCUGACCUGGCCCACUGCUGUCCCUGGGGAUAUCGCUGUGAUUUGGUCAUACAGAUGUGCGUGAAAGAAAACCAGCCAUGGAUUAGAAUACCGAUGGUGAAGAAAGAUGCUGUAGAGGUGCCAAGCAACCCUGAGGUGUCUCUGACCCCCUUAACGGAGGUUGAAACCAACAAUGUGCCCGACCAGCAAAAGAGUACAGUUGUCUAUUGUGACAACUAUUAUUAUUGUCCUGAUGGUACUACUUGCUGUAGACAUCCAAAGGGGGCCUGGUUCUGCUGUCCAUACUCUCCUGGAAGAUGUUGCCUGGAUGGCUACCACUGUUGUCCGUACGGGUAUGACUGUGAUCUCACUUACACUCACUGCGUCAGGCAAGGCCUGAAGUAUCCCUUCAUCCACAAACAAGCUCUGACUUCCAUCCCUGCCUCUCUCCACUCAGCACCUGAGGACAAAAGCAGCGUGCAGGAGACAGUCUUCGCAGCGCUAACAGAAAGCAUCUCCGAUGAACAGGGAGUUAUUCGCUGUGACGAUAGAUUUUACUGUCCAACCGGCUCAAGUUGUUGUAAGGGACCCAACGCCGAGUGGAACUGCUGUGCCAACUACUCCCUCUACACUACUCCCCUCCCUGCACUCACCUCUUCACACAUCUCCAACCCCCAGUCCCCCAGAGACCUUCCCUCCUCCCCGCAGCAACUCUCACCAAUCCCUGACCCAUCCACACCUUCAAUCCUCCCCACAGAGACGCCCAUCAACUCCAUCCCCCUCCAUCUCCCUCUCCUCAAGGCCUGCUUUCCUCCCUCCUCAUGGCUGCUAAAGAUCUAUGCAUACGAGCUCACAGAGCUCAGCUACAUCCACAACCUGAGCCUCAGCCUGGGGUUGGUCCCCACCCUAUGGAAGACUUCCUAUGUGGUACCUGUUCCCAAAACACUGCAUGCGAAGGAAUCGGCUCACUUUACACCAGUCACCCUGACCUCCCAUCUGAUGAUGACCAUGGAGCACCUCAUCCUCACACAUCUCCGCACCGUGAUGAGCCCCACCCUGGACCCACUGCAGUUUGUCUUCUGGCCCAGCAUCAUAGUAGAUGCUUUUAACACCAUCAGACUGGCGCUGAUGAGGAGGAAGCUGGAGGACCCUGAGUUAACCUACAAUACGGACAGCUGCCACCUCCAGAAGUUCUCCCAUGACUCGGCAAUUGUGGGCUGCAGCACAGAGCAGGACAGAAAGCGACUAAAAAAACUGGUGAGGAGGGCCACUUCUGUCCUGGGUUCGGUGGAGGAAAUGGCAGAGAGGAGGGUGCUGUCCAAGCUUACAUCCAUGGAAAACACCUUUCACCCCCUGCACCAGGCUGUAGAAGAGCUGAGCAGCUCCUUUAGUUCAAAUGUUCCACAGAUCCUGAUGGUUUCAGUUUACAGUGAAGCAAAACAGGGCAUGUCUCACCAGAAAGUGAAAAUGCUGAGGAUCACUCUGUGGCUCUGUGUAGGAGCGUUUCUGUGGGCUUCUGCAUUUUCCUCCAUCGCAUGUCCUGAUGGCUCUGCCUGCUCCGAUUUGGAAACAUGUUGCCCCACUCAUCAGGGCUACAGCUGCUGUCAUUAUCCAAAGGCGGUGUGCUGCUCUGACCUGGCCCACUGCUGUCCAUCGGGGUUUCAGUGUGAUCUGAAAGAGCAGAUGUGUGUAAAACCAUAUCAGCCAUGGGCCAGCAUACCAAUGGUGAAGAAAGCAGCUGCAGAGCUCCCAAGCACCCCUAAUCUGUCUGUAACUCCCUAUGUGGAGGUUGAAAACAACAUUUUUCCAGAAAAAAUCAAAAGCACAGUUGUCCACUGCGACAACUUCAAUGUGUGUCCUGAUGGCACCACUUGCUGCAAACACCCAAAAAGUGGCUGGUUCUGCUGCCCUUACUCUCCUGGAAAAUGUUGCCUGGAUGGCUUCCACUGUUGUCCUUAUGGCUAUGACUGUAACCACUCUUACACUCAAUGUGUCCGAGAAGGAUUGCGGUAUUUGUUCAAACAACCUCUAACCUCCGUACCAGCUUCUCUUGUUUCAGUGUCUGAGGAGAAAAGCAGCAGAAAAGAGACACCACUGACAGCUCUAACAGGAGCAAGCAGAACUUCCUUCAGCCAGGGAGUCAUUCGCUGUGAUAAUGACUUUUUCUGCCCUAAUGGUUCAAGUUGCUGCAAGGGACCAGGGGGCCCCUGGAGCUGCUGUCCCUACCCACUGGGUGCGUGCUGUGCGGACGGUAAACACUGCUGUGAGUACGGAUACCAGUGCGACCCCUCUUCCUCCAAAUGCAAAAAGUAGAUCCCCUAAAGACUACAGGGUCACACUGAAGAAAACUGAAAUCACAUUAUUCAACUGAUCUUUUAGUGGUUUGCACUGAUUUUUCAUCAUAAUUUCUAAUAAAUUGCUUACUAACCUAAAGAGUCCAUCUGCCUUGUUCAGGUUAAAGCCAAUUGAUUGCAGACGUUUGCUACACAACAAAAAACUGUAAUUGAGGUCUUUAAACUAGCUUCUUAUUUUUAUUCUGUCUUUUUAAAGCUUUUUUUUUUUAAAUUACUGUUAUUAUGAUCUGCUGUGUGAAUUAGAUUGAUGCCAGAGUCUUAUACGGCACAUCAGAUCAUUGAGCUGUUAUUGUUUAUUCUAAAAUAAAGUUCAAAUGUAUACAUUU